CACGUUCUCCUGACGACAACAAUCAUGGAGGAGUACGCUCGUGAGCCUUGUCCCUGGAGGAUAGUGGACGACUGUGGAGGUGCUUUCACCAUGGGUGCAAUUGGAGGAGGGGUGUUCCAGUCGAUCAAGGGCUUUCGUAAUGCCCCUGCAGGUGUCGGACACAGACUGAGAGGGAGUGCAAACGCAGUGAGAGUAAGAGCUCCCCAGAUUGGAGGUAGCUUUGCCGUAUGGGGAGGGCUCUUCUCCACAAUCGACUGUGGUUUAGUUCGCUUGAGGGGGAAAGAGGAUCCUUGGAACUCCAUAACAAGUGGUGCACUGACUGGGGCCAUCCUAGCAGCACGCAGUGGGCCGUUAACUAUGAUGGGCUCUGCCAUGAUGGGGGGGAUUUUGCUCGCUCUCAUUGAGGGUUUUGGGAUCCUACUAACAAGAUAUACAGCACAGCAGUUUCAGAACCCUAUUCCUUUUGCAGAAGACCCCAGUCAGUUACCUCCAAAGGAUGGGGGUCAGCAGCAGGAGGCGAAGGGGCAGUUUCAGUAGAGACCAGCUGUGGACACAGUGAGUCAGACCAGUGAAUAGGGGCUGCAGAAGGUAUCACCAGGAGACUGAGAUACUGGUCCCUACAGUGGUGUCAAGUAGUUGCACUAUGUUCUUAAACCUCAGGGGUAAAUUACUGCCAGUUUUAGUUAUUUAUGAGUGAAUGUUUGUAUGUAAACAAAGAUCCUUCUGACGAACCUCAUGUUCGCACCUCCAGCAUCUCAUGCAAUGUUUUUUCUGUUAGUGGUUAUUCAGUCUUCACUGUGACAUUUAUGGGUUAAAGCGACAGUAGGCCAACCUCCUGCCUCUCUCUCUGCUGCCUCAUAUCACUUUGCUAAGCCCCUCCCUCCAAACCCACACCUUUGAACGGCAACCUCAUGCCUUGUGACUCCCGCUCUCCAGAGACCCCAAUCCCUCUGUCUGUGAUUGCAACUUGUCUUUUCAAAGACACCUAUCCAGUACUCCACGGCCCCAGAUCAGAGCCCCCCCCCUCAGGCUUCAGGGGCAGCUGCGACAAUGUCUAACAGCAGCAUGAGAGGAUGGUCCAGACAUCCUUUCAAACUGCCUCAGCAACUGUUUCUGCGGUGAGGGGCCAGCGGACGACCUGAAUUCUCCAGGAGGGGGCGCCGUAUUAUUGCAGUCAUUCUAACCUUUGAUAACACGAAAGAAAUUGGAUUACACAGCUAAUACACAACACACACAACACACACACACACACACACACACACACACACCCCCUCAAAAGUUAUUCUCCACUGUUUGUCAUCAUGCCUUUUUGCCACUCGUCAAUGCAAGUUUCCAUGGCAUCAAACAUAAUGAGCCCGAAGCUGUGUGUGGAGCCGGAACAUGUUGACAUACGUGUUUUUGUUGGUUUUUACUAUUGUUGGCAAAGGAGAGAUUGGAAGUGUAUCACAGAUUGCAGGAUUUUCUGCCACUGAAUCAGUGUUUCACCAUCUGAAGGACGUGCAUGAGUAUCUGCAUGUGUAGAACAGUGAAAAGGAAAACCCUCUCUAUGAAAGGACCUGUGAUUGGCCAACGGGCUAGCUUUACUGAAGCCUGAAAACAGAGCCAAGAGGAGGGGCAGAAGCCUAGUUUUCUCUCUGACCACUUGAACUAUAUUAUGCUGAAAGGUAUCACGUUUUUGUCCAAUGACACCAAAAAAAUACUGCCUAUCUCAGAUUUAAAUAUGCAACUCAAUUUGAUUAUUCAGCAUCUAGGCAUUUAUAUAUUAUUAGUUUGACAUUGUGGGAAAUACACCUUUUAAAAAAACUAGACAGAAUCCACACCUAAAAACUACAAUUUGAUAUUUUACCAGGUACAGUUUCUUGUCAGGGGGCAGUGAUUUUCUGGAGUGUGGUGGAGUUGGCAUCUAUCUCCUCAUGUAACUCUUGCCAAGAAAAAAAAAAGGUGUAUUUCCCAAACAAUUUUUUCCCUUCCAAAGAUUUUAUGCACAGAUUUAGUAAACAGUGAUGUGUGUAAGGCAGAAAGGUAGAGUAAUAAGAGAAAUGAGAUGUCUGUGACAUUACAACACUGUGUUUGUUCAGUUUUAACAUGGGGAGUGGCAAUCUGAGAAUAUGUUUCUUUAAUUUAAUUUCUUUAAAGUCUUGAAUUAUUUAUGUCUGCUGUGACAAUCAAUGCAAAGAACUGUGCAUGUUUUUAAAUAAUGUGUGUGUUUAAGAUGGACAAACCUCAUUUCAUUCUUCGUCUGCAGUAUCACUUUAAUAAGACUUUGCCUCACCCGGCAGCUUUUGUCAUUUUGAAUCUUUGUUGAAUAGUUUUUAUCUUAUAUUAGAAGCACGAGCAAAAACAAUGUCUCUUCCUCAAUACUGAAAAAUACGGAUGAAUUCCUAGAAAAUGAUGGCUUGAAUUACUUUGUUCAGUUAGUCGGUUAUUAUCACGCACUCCUCGUCACUUUGAUCGCUGUAUUAUCCAUUGAGCAACCAAGCACUUUUAAUCUCUCUGUUUUCUCAGAAUGUUAGCAUCUGCACAGAGAAGAGGAGAGAUGAUGCAAUGUGACUGUGUUUUGCUUUUUAAACAAUGUAUAGAAAGAAUGUUUAUUUUAUGUAAUGUCUUAAUAUAUUUAUCUUGCAAAAGUUGAGAAAAAAACAAAUAAAGGCAUCAAAUGUU